AAUCUCAAAUCGCAAACAUCAUUUCUGGAAACGGGACCUCACUUUUUGUCUUUCUUUCCCUAUAAAUCUCCUUUAAAUUAUUUUCAGUCCCAUCCAAAACCCAUCAUCGUUUAACCAGAUCGGGGGAACCGAGGGGGCAGGAGCGGGGAGUUUGAACAUGGCGACGGCGUCGUUUAACAAGGUCGAAAGGGCCCACCAGAUGUAUAGAGAAGGCAGGUACGACGAAGCUCUGGGUUACUACACGGAGGCGCUGGCGGUUGCCAAAACGAAGCCUCAAAAGAUCGGUCUGCACAGUAACAGAGCCGCUUGUUACUUGAAAUUACAUCAUUUCAAAGAGGCAGCAGAAGAAUGUACAUCUGUUCUUGAGCUUGACCAUAAGCACACUGGAGCUCUGAUGCUACGAGCACAAACCCUAGUCACACUAAAGGAGUACAAUUCAGCCCUCUUUGAUGUCAAUCAGCUCAUAGAGUUGGAUCCAUCUUCGGAAGUUUAUCAUAACCUUCAAGCGCGUUUGAAGACACAAGUGGCCCUUGCUCCGAUACCUGAAUCUGAAGCAGAGUUGGAGGAAGAGGAGGAAGAACAUGAGCAGCCUUCUACAAGGGAGAAAGAAGCAAGUCAAGAUGACAAAAAGGAAGACAUGGUAGUGUCAGCUGUUGGGAAAGUUGUUAAUGCUGCCGAACUUGAACAUCUGGUUAAAGCAAAAUUGAUUGCCUCUGAGAAACUUGAGAUCAGAGCAUAUGCUAAGCAGGAAACAUAUUGUAAGAAUGUGGCUGAAAGAACUCCUGGAGUGACCGCUCUUCAGGAACCAAAUGAUAAGGAUUCCAAAGGAUGUCAAUUGAUUCCUAAAUCCCAGGGAUAUUCAGGUCAGAUUAAAGUACCCCAAAGAGUUGCAGUUACUGCUCCUCGAGAACAGGGCAUCAAAGAUUCCAAGGGAUGGCAGGCAAUCCCUAAACCCAAGGGACACUCAACUCUUGACUAUGCACGGUGGGACAGAGUUGAAAAUGACUCCAGUGAAGAAGAUGAUGAUGAUGAGGACUCUCAGCCUCAGUAUCGAUUCCGGGUAAGAACUGUCGGCAUACGACCAGUGAAGUGAAAUGAUGUCUGAUUCCUAAAAUCUUCACAAUGAGUCUCCCAUGAUGAGGAAAUUAUAGUUUGAUCUAUCGUGUUUGAACAUCCAAAAGGCAGAGGCAUCACAUAUUACACUAUUACAAUUGCAUCCCUGGUUUGUGUUCUGGUAUCAAAGUUCCUUUCAGAACUUCCAGGCUGCCUCGGAUAAUUUGGAAAUGGCUGCACAUAUUAACAGUCAAUCGGCAUCGAUUCCAGAGUCAGGUAAACCAUCAUUUCCGGUACUGUAAUUAUUUACAAAUCUCUCUUCUGGUUGCUUAAGCUAUAUGGUUAGGGAUGAUAACUUUGAAUCUGUGAACUGGUUUGCAUUGGAUGAACAACUAUAUAAAUCGGAUAGUUCUAUAAUUUUUCUGGAUGUCAAUA